AUGGGUGACCUAUUGGUAUUUUUCCUUUUGCCUCUGUCUCUGGCAGCCUUCCAUGAGGUCAGAAGCUGUUUGGAGUGUGACCCCAAAUUCAUAGAGGAUGUUAGGACAUUGUUGGGACAUCUGAUACCUGUAGAAGUUCCUGGGAGAACUCAGCUGCUUGAAAGGCAAUUUAAGGAGAUAACCCACUUAAGCUUCAAGGUCUCUCACGAGGAUACGACGCUUCGGUUGUUGGCUGUUCCAAAGGUUGUCGAGUUGAGAAUGUGUCUGAAGGAUGAACUUCACAGACUGGGCAAUGAAACAUGGACAGGAGUCUUUAUCAUUCAAGGCAAGCUUCUUGAGGUCCGAGGAAACCUGGAAUCCAAAUUGAAAGAAACAAUAAAGAGCUUCUCUGAAGUUGCUUGUUCAGAAGACUGCAUUACGAUUGAAGGUCCUGUCCUUGAUUGUUGGACCUGUCUUCGUAUGACUACUGGGUGCUUCAGAGGAGACUAUUGUAAAGAGGAGAAUCCAAAGAAAGCUGAGAAUCGAGAGAUUGUGCUUUUUCUGAUAUUGAUGACAGAAGCUGUAAUACUGGCAAGUGCUGUGUUAUUAUUCCAUUUUUGUGUCUCACAUCGGAGGAAAAUGAAUGCAACCCGAAGGACAUUGAAGAAAUAUUUGGAGAAGAAACUUGAAGAAUUAGUGGGGAUGGUAGAAAAGGAAGAUGAAAGAAAAGAUUUGGAGUUCCAGAAAUCAAAUACGAAAACUCAGACAGGAGAUCCUUCAAAUGUGGACUCAGAGUUGCAAACUGGGACUUGA